AUGUUCUCCAAAGUUGAAGAAGCCGGACGAAACAGUGUUGUAGGAAUAAGAGCCCUCCCCGACACGGAAAUGAAGGUAGCUACAUGUUCACAACGGUAUUUCAAUCUCGGUUCCGUACCAGAUCCUUUGAACGGGACCGACGUCAAAGAAGCUGCAAUUACUGUAUUCUUCAGGGACUGGUAUGCCCCUCUGUUGAUGAACAAGAUUGUUCGCAUAAUUGCCAUGGUCUGGUAUAUAAUCUACCUCUGUUUUGCCUAUUAUGGAAUCACCCAAGUCCAGGUAUGGCCCUAAGA